AUGAGGCUAUACUUGGUGGCGUUUGUCACCGCUUUGUUCGGUGCAGUCUUUGGCCAGGAUCCCGGGCAUGCCCUCUUCGUUAAGACGUCGAUCGCACACGCCAGAGCUGAGCGAGCUACUGCAGAUUCGCCAACCGACGUGAUGGCGAGAAAUAUUCUAGAAUGGAUUCAAGGCAUCUACAAUCAGGGUACACGAAAAACUCGCCAAGAAUCGGACAAUGCGUACUUACCGCCGUUCAGUACUCAAAGACCUCCGGAGAAGCCGAGACCAUUUCGGCCAGCGUCUACUCCUCAGCCAUCGUACUCGACCCCUAGUGCCAGCGGGGGUGGAAAUUAUCCAGGAUACCAGCAACCGUCGUCUCAGUACAUCCCUCCGAGUCAGUCCUCCACUCCCAGGCCAACAUUCAUCAGUCCCAGUAGCCAACCUUCGUCCACUCCCAGGCCGAGCUACAUAAGUCCCAGCAGCCAACCUUCGUCUCCGAAUUAUGGAUCAUCUCCGGGAUACAGACCCCAAGGGAGCUCCCCGUUCCCGUCUCAGCAGUUUCCUGGGUCGCCUACCCCGGGAGUCUCAGGGCCACCCUCUGGAUACCCAUCUCCUGGAACCACAUAUGUCCCGCCCAGAGGAAAUGGACAGAACAAUUACCGACCAAGCAGUCCUGCAGGACAGCCAGGACCCACCCCGACUAAUUCGUUCUCGUCUCCUGGUUAUACCCCGCCGUACAAUUAUCCCGCUCCCAGCCCGUCUCCCAGCCUCUCGUCUUCUGGUCCAUCUGGUCCAUCUGGUCCAUCCGGUCCUUCUGGUCCUUCCGGUCCUUCUGGUCCUUCUGGUCCUGGCACUGUUGGCGGUGGGUAUCCUUCUUCAACCCCAGCACCUACGCCUUCGUUCCCUGGCGGACUUGGAGAAGGAACCAACUCUCAGAACGGUGACGGCACGUCGCAGCAACCUGAUGACGAUGACCUGAAACAUCCUCCGCAUAUCCAUAACAUCGACGUUCAAUGUGGCAAGGAGAUGAUGACUAUUAAUAUAGAAUUUAAUCGAGCGUUCGAUGGCUUGAUCUACUCGAAGGGCUUUUACAUGAACCCCGAGUGCCGAUAUGUUGAGGCAAACUCAGGACAGACUAAAUUCUCGUUCACUGUGAGUUUGGAUUCUUGCGGCACUCAAUUUAUUAACGACUUCGAAGGAGAUGCUGGCCAGGCUUACCUAGAAAACGUUCUAGUCUUACAAAACGAACCGGGAAUCCAGGAGGUUUGGGAUACCGUGCGCCGAGUUCGUUGUCUUUGGGAAGGGAACAUCAACAAGGCUCUUUCUGUCAGUUUGUCGGUGGACAUGUUGAACCAGGAAAUUGUAACGUUUAGUGGAGACACAGCCACGGCUAAAUUGGACAUCCAAGUCGGAAAGGGUCCGUUUGCACCUGCGGCAGAUGGUCUCGUGAAAAUAGGAGAGACCAUGACCUUGGUUGUAUCAGUGGAGGGUGAUCCUGGCUUCGAUCUUCAGGUACGAGAUUGCGUAGCUCGGGACGAGACAUCGGCGAAUGUCGUUCAGCUGACCGACGAAAGAGGCUGCAUAUUGAAACCAAAAUUGUUUGGCGCUUUCCAAAAGACCAGAGAUACCGGAAACACGGGAGCGUCGAUCAUCGCCUAUUCGUUCUUCCAGGCAUUCAAAUUCCCCGAUGUCAUGGAUCUCUUCAUAGAGUGCAACGUUGAGCUCUGCAAGACGGACUGUGAACCUUGUCCCGAGGGAAAUCAGCAAAUCGAGCCCGGUCGUCGACGUCGUGACGUGACGUAUCUCCCAUUUAAUAUGACAGGAGCAUUGUCGGAUCCAGUACGAGUUAGGCGAGGAUUCAAAGUCAUAAUGCCUGAGGAUUUAAGCUUGACGAGCAAUGCAACCAUGGAAAUGAUCGGGUUGCCCAGUGCAAACGAAAUCGUGUUAAGCAGCAGCGUUUGCAUGAGUCAUGGGAGCUUUUACGCUGCGUUUUCUUUAAUGGCGAGCAUGCUCUCCGCAACGACCAUUUGUGCGGCUAUACUGUAUUUAAAACUCCAAAGAAUUUACGCCUCGAAAGUUGAGCAUUUGCCGAAGAGUCAUUAAACGAUUUCACUGGGACGAGCCGUUCGGCAACAUCCAAUCGCCCUAGCUGAGAAAACAACGCGUAAUUAUCAGGUUUAUGAAGUUAAACGAUCAUUUGAAGCUAUUUUAAGUAUUUGCGAAACAAAACAUAACGUCGAAGAAGGGCGAACUUAAUUUAAUAACAGGUCUAAUCGGGUGUAAUUAGACUGAAAUUUCAAUUCUAUUAAAUAUUUCUGUAAUUAGAUUUAACGCACGCGCAUUCCACAUUCGACGAAGAAACUUCAAUGGCAAUAAGCGGCGUUCGUUACAAAAAGUAAUAGGUGAUUACGGUAUAAUAAUCGCUACUGCGUAAUUGCCUGAGAACACUUGCAACCGAAGUAGAUUUUGUGUAUUAGUGAAUUGAAUAAUGUAGCUUAACUUGCAAUAAAAUUCAUAUUCAGCCAAGAAUCGGUAUAACGAUAAUUUUGUACAUGUUUUAAGUGGUACAAAUAAGAAAUAAUCGGGAACGGCUUCAAAUUGUCAGAAUAUGAAUUCUAUUGUAAAAAUGGCUUUACACAAUCGUACUUUUGGAGAAGUAUUAUUUAUAGACGCAUCAGAACGAUAGCCAUAUGCCAACUGACUUGUACUUACGGAGACUUAUGCCAGUAUGAUUACGAUUACGUUAAAAUAUGCUUGUUGAACAUAACGCGUAGAUAACUAAGCAGAGUUUAACGCGUUUCUGGUACCACUGCUUAAAAAGCAAAUCAUUUGUCUAAUGCUGUAAUAUUAACUAUGCAAUUUCUUGUAAUGUAAUACCAGUGACGCGUUAUGUUUGAACAAUAAUUUUUGAAAUCCUGUACGUAUCGAAUACUGAAUUGUUCUAUAAGAGCAAAUGUUAGAAAAUAUAUGAGGAAUGUAAAUAUAAUUAAUUGUGAUCUAAUAU